AUGACUACCAAUCUGAUAACUUACACUUUUGAUAGCUACACCCGCUACAACCUGCUACCCAGCUGCCAGUCGACCGUCAACCUCUCCUACAUUCGACAUUUGGCAAUAACGACCCCAGAGAAGCAGGCCAGAAAGGGCCAGCUCAUACUCCCCGGACUGAGACCCUCUCUAAGCAAUGCAAUCAAGUUGAACCCGCAUCGAAAGAACAUCGGUUACAAUCAUGCCAUCUGCAGCAUAUUGGUCGAAUCUACUGAAAAGGAUGUUGGAGCCUCUCAAAGAGAAUGGAAAUGGUGA